AUGGGGAGCAGCUGUUCAACAAGGGCAAGAUCGCAAUGGCGACGAGAUGAAGAAGACCAACAGCAAAGACGCCUUUCUCGUGAAAGUGAAGCAGUCGAAAUACGAAGACGUAGGGGUGUAGAACAACGAAGAGCUCACUCGGCAAGAGCUGCGGUGGGAGCUACUGCGCGAAGGGAUCAGGAAGGAGAAGAACAGCAAGGAACCCUUCGGGAAAGUGCUGCUGAGAGGGCAAGAAUGCAAAGAGAGCAAGAAAGCGAAGAGCAGCGGGGAGCACGUCUG